CGCCCCGGCCGCCAGCGGGAGCAGAGGCGUCUGGAACCCGGACCCACCCGGGACACUACUCUGGCCCCGCGGAGCCGGCGGAGCAGGUAACUCCAUGCAUUGGAGACCAUGGAUAAAUACGACGUGAUUAAGGCCAUUGGCGAAGGUGCCUUUGGGAAAGCAUACCUGGCCAAAGGGAAAUCAGAUAGCAAGCACUGUGUUAUAAAAGAGAUCAAUUUUGAAAAGAUGCCCAUCCAAGAAAAAGAAUCUUCAAAGAAAGAAGUCAUUCUUCUGGCGAAGAUGAAACAUCCCAACAUUGUAACCUUCUUCAGUUCAUUUCAAGAGAACAACAGGCUGUUUAUUGUGAUGGAGUACUGUGAUGGAGGGGAUCUCAUGAAAAGGAUCAAAAAACAACGGGGAGUGUUAUUUAGUGAAGAUCAGAUUCUGAGUUGGUUUGUACAGAUUUCUUUAGGACUGAAACAUAUUCAUGACAGGAAGAUCUUACACAGGGACAUAAAAACACAGAACAUCUUUCUUAGCAAGAAUGGAAUGGUUGCAAAGCUUGGGGACUUUGGUAUUGCAAGAGUCCUGAACAAUACCAUGGAACUUGCUAGAACUUGUGUUGGAACGCCUUACUACUUGUCCCCAGAGAUCUGUCAGAAUAAACCCUACAACAAUAAAACGGAUAUUUGGUCUCUUGGCUGCGUCUUAUAUGAGCUCUGCACACUCAGACAUCCUUUUGAGGGUAACAACUUGCACCAGCUGGUUCUGAAGAUUUGUCAGGCUCAUGUUCCCCCAAUAUCUCCAAGGUUUUCCCAUGACCUACAGUCCUUAAUAUCCCAGCUCUUUGAAGUAUCUCCCCGAGCUCGACCAUCCAUUAGUUCCAUUUUGAAAAGGCCCUUUUUAGAGAAUCUUCUGGCCAAAUACUUGACUCCCGAGGCCAUUCAGGAAGAAUUCAAUCACACCCUCAGACAUAAAGCAAGACCGUCUUCUUCUCGACCUGCUGAGAAGGUGGUCCCAGAUUUUAAAAUACAGAAAGUGAGAUUCCAGGGAAAGUGCCUGCCAAGAUCAAGGAUAUCAGUGCCAUUUAAAAGGAAGGACAUAUAUAGAAAUGAAUGGAGACCACCAGCUGGAGCCCAGAAGCCCAUAUCUAUAAAAAUGGUAGGAAGGCCCAAACUUGCUGCAGUGUGUGGACAUUAUGAUCAUUAUUAUGCUCAACUUGACUUGUUGAGGAAGAGAACCAAUGGACAAAAUUACCACUAUGUUCCUCAAAAAGAUACCAGAGUUGAGGAGAAUUAUAAUCAGGAAGAAAGCCACAGUCCAUCUUCAGGUCAAUGGCUUGCUGACUACCUUCAGAGGAAAUGUGAAGCUCAACAACAUAAGCUGAAAGUGGAAAAGCAAUUGGGUAUUCGUCCGUCUUCUGCUGAGCCAAAUCACAACCAGAGACAAAAGCUAAGAAGUAACGGGGAAGAGCCUGGAUUCCAGGAGCUGCAGUUCAGGAGAAAUGAAAGGAAGGAGCAGGAGUACUGGAAGCAGCUAGAAGAAAUACGCCAACAGUACCACAACGACAUGAAAGAAAUUAGAAAGAAGAUGGAGUGUGAACUGGAGGAAGACUCAAAAAUAAGUCAUAAAACGUAUUUGGUGAAGAAGAGUGACCUGCUCAUCCACCAAGAGGCACCUGAGGAAGAAGCACCUGUGCAGGAUAUUGAAAGAGACUUGAAACAAAUUGGACUUCAGAACACAAAGGAAAGUAAAAUUCCGGAACAAAAACAUAAAGCUAAGAGAGGGAUAAAGUUUGAAAUUAAUUUCAACAAAUGUAUUUCUGAUGAAGACACCCUCCAAGAGGAAGAGGCAAUGGAUAUACUGAAUGAAACUUUGACCUCUGAGGACGGCGUUAAGUUUAAGGGGUAUAAACGUAUAAAGGAGCAUGAAGAUUAUACAGACAAAGCAUUUGAAAAACUCUGUUGCCGGGAAGCAGGUGCUGCCGCUGCAGAGGACAGGAGACAGUGGGAUGCUGGGUCUCCUCAGACUCUGCUGCAAAUGAUGGCCGCGGCCAACGUCACCUCCACCUGCUCCACUGUGCCUGAGGGUGAAGCUGACAUCAGUGGCACAAACUGUCAGCAAGAGGAGAGCGAGGCCCCAAAGGCAGAUGGCCGAGUGAUGGUGAUUGAAGGCAUUCCAGAAAACAGGAAACAGUGGCGGCUUGAAAUGCCGGGAACUUUAAUGAGCGUUUUGACAGCAGCACAUCUAACAAGUAGCUCAUUUUCUGCCAACGAUGGAGAAUUUGCUCCAGUUGCCCUGCUGGAAAAUGAGGGACCGUGUGGAACAGAGAGACAAGCCAUCCCAAGUGAAGCCAUGCUAGACCAGCCAACCUCCAGGUGGCCAGUGGGACCAUUAAAACAGUGGCUUCCUAAAGAAGAUGAGGGGGAGGUAGAAGUGGCCUCUGACAUUGAAGUAGAUGAAGAACAACCAGAACCCAGAUCUGAUGAUGAUGAUACAAAUUUUGAAGAAUCUGAAGAUGAGUUGAGAAAUGAAGUAGUAGAAUCCCUGGAAAAACUCUCUACUUCCACAGAGGCAGAAAAAAGGGAAGAGGUUUCCAGUUCCUCUAAGGAUGCUGGAAAGAAAGAGAGGAUAGGCAUACAGAAAUAUGCAGAAUUAAAUGAAGGUUUGGAGAGUAUUUUUACUCCAUCUGAUGACAAAAUUUGUAUUGUUGAUGAAGACCCAGGAACAUCAACCACCAGUCAAAAUAUACAAGUGUGAUUAUUGAACUUUUCCUUAAGUAACAAGUUAGUAUCUAUUACAGUGUCUCUUCGGGAACAGUCAUAAAUAUACAUUUAUUGUAAGGGUUUUCCAGUAAUCCCAAGGCUUUAUUAGUUUUCUUCUCAAUUUAGACAAUAGGACUAACUUCUGAAUGUAGAAAUUAAUACUUUUACGCUAAGAAAUCUUUCAGAUCAUGUGUGGUUGGCAGAGUAAUGUGGCUCCCCUCAGCCCACACGCACCCAAAGAUGUGAAUAUAUUUUUACCUGGCAGAGGGGAAUUAAGGUCGCAGAUGGAUUAAUGUUGCUAAUCAGCUGACCUUAAAAUAGGGAGGUUAUCUUGGAUUAUUCAGGUGGGCUCAAUGUAAGCACAAGAGUCUUUGAAAGUAGAGGAGGGAGGGAAAGGAGAGAACCAGAGAGGUGGCAGCUGAGAGGGAUUCAGCUUGAUGCUGCUGCCUUUGAAGAUGGAGGAAGGGGCCACAAGCCAAGGAAUGCAGGUAGCCUGCAGAAGCUGGGAAAGGCAGGGAAACGGACUCACCCCUAAAGCCUGUCGAAGGAAUGCAGCUCUGCCAAUGCCUUGGUUUUAGCCUACUGAAAUCCACUUUAGAUUUCUGACCUGUGGAACUGUAAGAUAAUACAUUUUUGUUGUUUUAACUAAGUUUGUGGUCAUUUGUAACUAAUGAUAGAAAACUAAUAUACAAACUCAUUCAUUUAAAAUAAUCUGUCGUUUUAUAAAACCAUGACUUUGAAAUUUCUUAAGGUAUACUGAACAUGCUUUUCUGAAGCUGAUGUUGACACUUACAGGAGUAAGGUAAUUGAGCAAGGAGAGGAACAAGGCAUGUCAAUUAUGUACCAAAUAAUAAUUUUAUUGUUUCAUUGAAUUAUUUUCUAAUAGUUUCAAAUGUAUAGAUUAUAAACUUCUGGAAGGCAGGGACUGUAUCUGGUCUUUGUUUCUUAUGAUGAUCUUUUUAUAUAUAGUGCUUAGCACCAUGCUAAAAAUGUUUCUUAACUGAGUAAGUAAAUACUAAUACAAUUUCCUCAUUAAGACUGUAAGCUCUUUGAGGCAGGAAACUAGAUUUAAACUUUUUGUAUUAAUUAUAACAAUCCCAGUGUUGAACAUGCGCCUGGAGCUUAGCAGAUAUUUGUUGUACCUGCUGUUAUGAAGGACAAGAGUGGUUAUAUGUAAGUGGUAGAAUUCGGCCUGAAAUAUCUGGUCUAUAAUGAAAAUAAAACUGAAUUGGCACAUUGAUGCAUUGCUGAACCAAGUAAACAAAGAUGAGGAGUGGUUGGUUAAAUUAUUCCUAAGGUCUGCUUAGCAUUUACAUUUGGUAUAAUAUUAAAUGUGGGGCAUGUAAGUAUCAAGAUUUCCCUAACUGGGAUGUGUCCAGUCUUUUCUAUCUUUAUUUUCCUGGUUAUGUCUGAGGGGCUGUUCUCCCAACUUGGUGUAUAGAGUACAUUCUACUCUUUUAGGGCUCAGUAUGGUCACAUCAUGAGGCUAAGAAUAUUUAACAAUUUCUCACCGUUAUGUUAGUUUCAAACUAGGUAACACAUGACCCUGAGGGAUUGAAGCAUCUUUAAUUCUACAGCUCUUUUAGUGGUCAGUAUAUACAUGUUUAAUUUACUUUCAGGACAUUAUCUGGUUCAGACACUGAAUCUGCUGGUAUCAUCCUCAUUCUAAACAGUACCUGAAAGCAUGGAAAAUGAAACAUGGUUCCUGAAAAAUCCCAAAGAUCAAUUAUAUACAGAAAAAAAAAAAAAGGAAUGCUUAAGGUCAGUGCUUAAGAAUAAACAUGUCAGGUUUGCUCCAAUAACAAGAUGCUUGGCUAAAAUCUCCUUUAGGUAACAGCCAC